ACUAAUCCUACAUGUAAUUUACAAGAACACUGGUAUUUUAUCAAAUCAUUAUAUUUAUUGUUGUGGUUAUAUUCUUAUAAACACAAUUACAAUAUAAAUCAAUUAACAAUCCCCAACCCCAAAUUACAAUCAUCGUGUGAAACCUUAGCCCCCCAGUUCAACUUCAAUUCUCGCGCAAUUCCUCUGGGCUUGAAUUUGGAGGGACAUGGAUCGUUCAUGGAUAAAUAUUCCAAAUAAAUUGUCGACGGAAUAUGCAAGUGGUAUUGAUGAAUUUAUAAGUGUGGCAAGUCAGCGUAUAGACUCUAAAGGUACAGUGCUAUGUCCUUGUACUCGAUGUGUAAAUAAGCAAAAACAAACUCUCAAAGUGAUUAAGUUACACUUACUUACACAUGGGUUUUUGAGAACUUACAAGAUUUGGUAUCAUCAUGGUGAAUGUGGAGAUGAUAUAGAAGGAGUAUUCUUUAAUACUCCAGAUGAGCAUGAAAAAGACCAUCAUGAUGAUUUGGCUGCAGGUCUUAGUGAUGCCAUCAAUAGUAAGUAUUUUGACAUUGGUCCAACUAGUGAUUUUGUUGAUGAUUCUUCAGUUAAUGUGGGUGACAAGUAUGAUGCUUUGUUUGAAUCUCUUCACAAGCCUUUGUAUGAUAAUUGUAAGGAUUUUUCUGUCCUAAGUGCCGUGGUGAGGUUAAUGAAUAUUAAAGUGGUUAAUAAAUUAUCAGAUAAAGCAUUUGAGGAUAUUAUAAAGUGUUUUAAAGAGAUGUUGCCUGAGGGUAAUAAUUGUCCUGAAAAUUAUUACCAAACAAGAAAACUUCUUUGUGAAGUGGGUUUAGGAUAUGAGCAAAUUGAUGUAUGCCGAUAUGAUUGUGCCAUAUUUUAUGGUGAUAAUGCAAGUGCUUUGUCAUGCCCGGUGUGUCAAUGUAGUCGUUACAUACGAAAUAAGAUCCCACAUAAACGACUUAGAUGGUUCCCCCUCAAGGCUCGACUUAAGCGUUUGUUUAGCUCUAAACAUACAUCAAAAGACAUGCGAUGGCAUCAAGAAGUUCGUAAAAAUGAACCUGGUAUAUUACGUCAUCCUGCUGAUGGGUUGGCUUGGAAGCAUUUUGACAAUACAUACCCUGAUUUUGCUGCGGAUACUAGGAGCGUAAGAAUGGGAUUGGCGUCAGAUGGGUUCAACCCUUUUUCAAACCUGACAUCAACUUAUAGUUUGUGGCCUGUGAUAUUAAUUCCAUAUAACAUGCCACCUUGGGCUUCCCCAAGUGGUACCAACUAUCUCAUGUCUUUAUUGAUCCCAGGUCCAAAAUCUCCAGGAAAAGAUUAUGAUGUGUUCUUGCAGCCACUAAUCAAAGAACUUAAAGAAUUAUGGGUCGGAAUUGACGCAUAUGAUUCAUAUGGGGGGUGCAUGUUUAAACUUAAAGCAGCGGUAUUAUGGACAAUUAGUGAUUUUCCUGGUUAUGCAUAUUUGUCUGGGUGGAGCACUGCUGGAAAAUUAGCAUGUCCGGUUUGUUUGAAAGAUACAAGGUCUAGAAGAAUAACUGACAAACAAUGUUUUACAGGACAUCGGUGUUAUUUAAAUGCUAACCAUUCUUGGCGAAAGAGCAAAGAAUAUGAUGGAUCUACCGAGUUACGUGGUCCUCCAAGAACUUUUAGUGGUGAAGACAUUUUAAAACAGCUUGAGGAGGUACCCGUACGUACACCUGGUAAGGCACCAAAUAAUUCCUUUAGAAAACGGAAACGAGGAGCUAAUGAGUUCAACUGGAGUAAAAGAAGUGUUCUAUUUGAAUUGCCAUAUUGGUCAAAGCUCUUGCUCCGCCACAAUCUUGAUGUAAUGCACAUAGAGAAGAAUGUUUGUGAUAACAUUAUAGGUACACUUUUAGAUAUUGAAGGUAAAUCUAAAGACAAUUUGAAAGCUCGUAAAGAUUUACAAGACUUAAAUAUUCGUAAAGAGCUCUGGCUGAAGAACACUGCUGUUAAUAAAUUUGAAAAACCACACGCUAGUUAUACUCUUACAAAAGAAGAGUGCAAAAGUUUUUGUCAAUUUAUUCAGAGUGUUAGAUUACCAGAUGGGUAUGCUUCGAAUAUAAGUCGAUGUGUUACGGAUAAUAAUAAGCUCAAAGGAAUGAAAACUCAUGAUUGUCAUGUUCUACUCCAUAAGAUAUUGCCGGUUGCGAUACUACCUUUUUUGACAAAGAACAUCCGUGGUACACUGAUUGAGUUAUGUCAGUUUUUCCAAAAAAUUUGUGCCAAAACUAUACGAAUUUCUGAUAUUGAAGAAUUGAGGGAGGGGAUCGUAAUAAUUUUGUGCAAGUUGGAAAAGAUAUUUACCCCAUCAUUUUUCACCAUAAUGGUUCAUCUAUGUGUUCACUUACCAGAUCAAGUGUUGCAGGGUGGUCCUGUUAAUUCAAGAUGGAUGUUCGAGACGGAACGACAUAUGGGUUUGUAUAAGAGUUACGUAAGAAACAUGGCACGACCAGAUGGUUCAAUUGCAGAGGCUGUUGUUGUUGAUGAAGCUGUGAGUUUUCUGGCUAGAUAUGUUUCUAACAUAGAAACAAGAUACUCUAGACUUGAGCGCAACUGGGAUCUUCCCCUUCCAAAUUAUCAAAUGGAUGUUUUUAUGUCUAAUGUUCGUCCAUUGGGAGCAUCUUCUAUAGAGUUGCUUGGAAUUUGGAAGAAUUCCAUUGAGUGGUAUAUUUUAAACAAUUCUGUAGAUGACAUCGAGGAAUAUCUCGAGGAACAUAAAAGCAUGUUGCAAGAAAGAGGGCUACAACAUUCAGAUAUUGAAAGUAAGCAAAGAGAAGAAUUCCCAUUAUGGUUUCGAAAGAAGGUGUCAAAAAUGCAAGUGCAAAAAUCAUCCACUGUUAAUGAUGAUUUGUACUCUUUGUCUCAAGGUCCACUGGAAAGAUACAAUAGUUACCAAGCUUGUAUUGUUAAUGGUGUUCGAUUUCGUUGUAAAAAGUAUGAUGAUACUCUUCGGACACAGUGUUCAGGAGUUUGCACGGGAGGUGAUCAUGAUGGUGUUGACGUGGUAUAUUAUGGGAAUUUGAUUGAGAUUUUGGAGUUGUCAUACCUAUUUGAUCGAAAAGUUUAUCUUUUCCGGUGCAAGUGGUAUAACUCUAAUCCCAAAGGUAAAUCAAUAUAUAUGGAGAAUAAUCUCACAUCUGUAAAUACGGCGACUGAUUGGUAUUCUAAUGAGCCGUUUAUAUUAGCAACUCAAGCUCAACAAGUAUUUUAUUUGCUUGAUAUGAAGCGUCGUUCAGAUUGGAGAUUUGUUCAAAAAGUAAAUCACAGAUUUGUGUUUGAAAUUCCUGAAUCAUCAGAUGUGACAAAUGAUCACCCGCACAAUGAUGUGUUUCAAGAAGAAGAAUCUUGUCAAUUACCACCUUUUAAACCAAUUGAAGAUUCAAUUGAAAGCUCAUCUUUAGUUCGAAGAGAUGUUGCAUCUCUGAGUCUUUCAAGUGAACUUGUUGUUGAUCUGUUCACCAAUAAUGAAAAGCAAACUGCUUGUGAGGAAGAUGAUCUAGAAGCAACUGAAGUGAAUGAUGAUUAUGAUGAUGGAGAAAUAUUCUUCAAUGAUAAUGAAGUACUCUGUUCUAGUGAUGAUGAGAGUUGUGAUGAUGACAGUGAGUCAGCCUCUCAAACUGAAUCAACUGCAUGA